AUGGCUCCCCGCCUUCUCACCGCCGCGCUCCUCCUUUCUCUCUUCGCGGUCUCUGCCUUUGCCAACGACUGCGAGAUUUGCAAGAAGGGAACUAACGACUGCGACAAGGGCGGUGUGGCCACUCUCAAUGGGGACCCAACUUACAUCCAGGGCCAUAGCGUCGACACAUGCGCGAAGGCCUACGCGUACGUCACCUGCGGCGACUGCAAGAACGGCGUGGGCCAAAGGAUUGACGACUGCUGCACGUUGGCGUGCAAGGAGGAGGGAAAAGGCAACAUUAAGACGUUCUGCCUGUGUGGCCCCCCCAAGGAUAACGCCAAGGCAAAGGCGGACGAGCUGCAAUCGACUGGCGCUUGCGCCGACCCCCACUUCCGCGGCGCUUUCGGUAUCCAUUACGACUUCCACGGCCUGCCUGACAGAGACUUCAACCUGAUCACCGACCAAGGCCUAACCAUGAACGCCCACUUCAUCGGCCAGGACGGACUCGAGACCGGCUUCGACGGCACCUGGAUGUCCGCCCUCGGCUUUAUGUGGGCCGAAAACGGCGGCGUUCGUUCCGCCACCUUUACCGUCAAGGAGGGCUCCGCCGCCUUCACCGAAUCCGUGCCGUUCGUCAUUCAGAUCGACGGCCAGGAGCUGCGCCCGGAGUCCUUCCUCGCCUCCGUCUUGAAUCAGGAGGCGGCCCUCUUCGAAGACGAAGGGCUCACCAUCAAAGUCGCGCCGUUCGCCUACUCGUUCCGCGUCAGCAUCCGCGAGCACAUUGACGUCAUCGUGACGGCAGCGGCGCACGAGCACCCCGCGGGCAACCACAUCGACAUCGGGAUCAGCAAGCUUAACGUCACCGGCACCGUCCACGGCGCGCUGGGUCAGACGUUCGCCGCGCACCGCGCCGAGGCGCUCAAGGCCGCGGCCGUCAAGUUCGACGAGGCUGACGUCGUCGAGGGCAAGGACGUCGACUACAUGACGUCAUCCCUGCUCAGCACCGACUUCGCGUACAAGCGCUUCAGGCCCAUGAGCGCCGGCGCCUUCUCCAAGAUCAACGUCAUCGCGCGCAAGCUGCUGGGCCUCUCGGCCGUCGAUGAGACGGAAUGGACGGUGGAUGGCGAGCUGUCGUGCAAGAACAUGCGCAGCGGGGGGCUUGUGUGCUUCAUCUAG